AUGCCGCUCGAGCCUCCUGUCGCUACCACCGAGACGCGACCUGGAAAGCAGCCCAAGAUGGCCCUGGAUUUUCCCGCCCUUCAGGUUGACCCUUUACCCCCUAGAUUCGAAUUUAACAGGGAUUCUUCAGUCCCUCACGCUCCUCGGAGGCCCCACACUCUCAACUCAGUGGAAUGUCGGCGCGCUGUGAAGAACGCCCUUAGAUACUUCCCAACGGCAUGCCAUGCCGAGCUGGCUCUUGAGUUUGCCCGAGAGCUUGAUGAAUACGGUCACAUCUACAUGUAUCGCUUCCGACCUGUUGGGCGGGUCUUCGCUCAGUCCAUAGACAGCUACCCCGCGAAAUGCCGCCAAGCCGCUGGGAUCAUGCUGAUGAUUCAGAACAAUCUUGAUCCUGAGGUUGCGCAGUUCCCACACGAGCUGGUCACCUACGGUGGCAACGGUACAGUCUUCCAGAACUGGGCACAGUACCACCUCACGAUGCACUACUUGCAGAUCAUGGAGGAGGACCAGACUCUCGCUAUGUACUCGGGCCAUCCCAUGGGCCUGUUCCCAAGCCAUCCGGACGCCCCUAGGGUCAUCAUAACUAAUGGUAUGGUCAUCCCGAACUAUUCUACUAUCGAGAACUAUAAUAAAAUGUUUGCUAUGGGAGUCACUCAGUAUGGACAGAUGACUGCAGGUAGCUACUGCUACAUCGGUAGUCAGGGUAUCGUCCAUGGCACGGCUAUCACCCUCUUUAACGCUGGUAGACUCUAUCUCAACGUGGAGGACCUCAAGGGCAAGUUGUUCGUAACGGCAGGGCUCGGCGGCAUGAGCGGCGCUCAACCCAAGGCCGCCAGCAUCUGCCAGGCAGUCUCCAUCACGGCCGAGGUGUCCGAGGCGGCCCUGAUGAAGCGGGUCAAUCAAGGCUGGCUCGAUGAGUAUCGGAAGAACACCUCGGAGAUCAUACAGCUGGCCAGAGAGGCUCUGGUCGCCAAGCAGUGUAUCUCUCUGGGUUACCUCGGCAACGUGGUCGAUCUGUGGGAGGCCUUGGUGGAGGCUGAUCUCACUCCGGACUUGGGCUCGGAUCAAACGAGUCUGCAUAAUCCAUUCGGCGGUGGCUACUACCCCGUGGGCGUCACCUAUGAGGAAGGUAACCACAUUCUGGCCACCGAUCCAGCUCGCUUCAAGGGCCUCGUUGAGGAGUCCCUCGUCCGGCAUGUGGCAGCGGUGAACAAGUUGGCGGCCAAGGGCAUGCGCUUCUGGGACUACGGCAAUGCUUUCUUGUUGCAAGCCAGUCGAGCUGGAGCGGACAUCGUGAAGGACCAAUUAACCGGACAGUUCAGAUAUCCAUCCUAUUUUGAGGACAUUAUGGGUGACGUUUUCUCUCUGGGGUUCGGUCCUUAUCGUUGGGUUUGCCUCUCGAACAACCCGGCUGAUCUCGAGGCGACGGAUCGUAUCGCUGCGGAGGAGCUCGAGCGUCUGUUGAGGAGUGGCGACGUCCCGAAACAGAGCAUCAGCCACUACCGUGAUAAUCUAACAUGGAUCAGAACGGCCGGGCCGAACAAGCUGGUCGUUGGCUCCCAAGCUCGUAUCCUGUACGCAGACUGUCCAGGGAGGGUAGCUAUAGCAGUGGCCAUGAACAACGCGGUGGCUUCCGGAAUACUGCAGGGCCCCGUGGCGAUCAGCCGAGAUCAUCAUGACGUGUCGGGGACGGAUUCACCCUAUCGGGAGACUGCCAACAUCAUUGAUGGGAGUCGCUUUACUGCGGACAUGGCCGUCCACACCUUCGUUGGCAAUGCGUGUCGAGGGGCCACUUGGGUGUCGCUCCACAACGGCGGAGGAGUUGGCUGGGGAGAGGUUAUCAAUGGCGGCUUCGGUCUGAUCCUGGAUGGCACUCCUGAUGCUGAACGUCGAGCUAGGGCCAUGCUCCACUGGGACGUCACCAAUGGCAUGGCUCGAAGGUGCUGGAGCGAGAAUGCUAACGCUGGUGUAGGCAUAUCGCAGGCCAUGAAGGCAAAUGCUAAACUAAAUGUCACGUGA